ACACGCGCGGCAAGAAUGCCAUGCAACGCCGAGCACCAGCAGGCUGCCGCAGUGGGCAUCGCGAUGCUUGAAUGGUGGGAGGAGGAUGCUCUGCCGUGCGGUGGUGGAAGUCAAUGCGGAAGCACCUUUCCGGUGUUAGGGUAGAGUACGAGGAGGUACGCAGCCACAUCCCACGCAGACACAUGACACAACACACCUCUGCGUCCAACAUAGCAUCCGUCAGCACCGUCGGCGGAUAAUGCAAUGGAUCAGCACCCGCUGGAGCACACCUGAAUGCACAACAUGAUCGGCGACGAGCAGGCCGCAUCGGCGUCCGCGGCGUCGUCGGUGGCCUCGAACAUCUUCGCGGCGUCGGCACUCUUGACCAUCGCAUUGCUGGUUUUGCUGACUAUUCGACACUAUUUGCCUCUUCGAAACACGCCGCACUGGCUGCUGCUCCCCGUCUUCCUGGCCCUCUUCUUGCCCUGUUCGAUUAUCCUCCUGGUCCCCAUCGACUGCGCAGCAACCAACGCCAACCAUGCGAUCUGGUUGCCUGAGCGUGUGACGCUCGUAGCAUGGCGCAUAGCGUACUGGCUCACCUUCGUCUUGACGUGGUUCAUCUUGCCGCUUCUGGGCGAAUACUGCGACUCGGGCUUCCGCGACACGAGAGAGCGAAUCGCCGACGCCGUCCGAUCGAACCUCCGCUACCAAAUCAUCGUGCUCUCAGCAGGCGCAGUAGGCCUCGUAUACUUCAUUCUCGAGAAUGGGUUCCACUUCGCCACGAUCAAGGGCCUGCUCAUGGCACUGGCCUACACCUGGGGCCUGAUUCUGGCAAUCGGCCUCAUGGGACAUGGCUUGGUCGCCAUACCAAGACGUCUGUUCAGAAAUGCAAAUGUGAUAUCUCGCCUACGAUGGUUGCAUGGCCAGGCCCCGAAGAUAAAAGACAGGUUGGACGAGGCUACAGAAAAGCUAGAACACUUGGAGAACACUGUACUCCAACUUAGACGACUCAAGAGUGGAAUGAGCGCGGAGCAGAAGGAGUGGAUCGAUGAGCUGAGCAGUGUAUCUGAUACACGCCCAAAUGCAUUGCCGACUCAACACACCUCCACCCCCAACAUUCCAGCUGUUAUCACUGAUCGGUAUCUCGCCGAUUUGACCCGCAAACUGAAGCGCGCCCGGCAUAGGAAGGCUCGCUUUGUGGAUGAAUGGGAUCGCCUUGUACAGCGAGCCUACGAAACCCAGACCAUUUUGGACUCAGCCACUUCGAAAAAGCUACAAUUUGGACGUAGCGGAAUCGGACGGAACGUCGAUAUUCUUACGCCAACCCUGAGGUACCAUUUGCACAUGAACCUCGUACCAGCGAUACGUGUUGCAGUCUCCUGUGCUCUUGCGCUCGCUGCAGUACUCAUUGUAUGGAGCGAAGUGAUUAGGGCUUUCGCGCCACGACUAUCGGUUAUCGGCUUGACCGUGGUCCAUCACCCAACCUCGACGAGCGGUGGAAAAGUCAAUAUCGGCGGCCAGAUCGUCGCGGCCGCAUGGCUGCUGUAUAUGAAUACUGCUGCGCUCUACGCAAUCCAGGACGUGAAGGUGUGGGGCAACCGCGCUCUCGUCAAGCGGCAAACGUACGGAGAAAGCGCUGCUUGGUACUCGAUGCAGAUUGCGAAGCUCACCGUCCCACUAUCGUACAACUUCGUGACUAUGCUUUCUCCGAGCGUAUUCGAAGAAACAAUGUUUUUCCAGUUCCUGGGAAAGCUUCUCGAUCUUACGCCGCUCGGUUCUGGAUUUAGUCGCUUUUUUCCCUGCUUUGUGCUGAUUCCGGUCUUUGCUACUCUGUUCAACGUCUAUGGAAGAAUGAAGAGCUUACUUGGCUUCGGGUUCCUCGAAGAUGAGAGCGAGAAUAAUCCAUCUGGAUUCGGCACAGGAGGCUGGCGGGAAGGAAAAGCCUUGAUCGAUCGUGAACUGCAAUCUCGUGGCACCGACAGCAUGCUUGGACUCUCCACUCGAGGCGCAUCCUUGGAUCUGGAACGAAACGCCGUCCAGAGUGGCGAGGAUAGUAUAUCUGCGACCCCUGCUCAGGUGGCAGUGCCUUCCAGAGACACAUUCAGUGACCACCCGCCUUCCCGAACCGAAGGCAUUCGCGAGGCGAACAGGCAGUUCAAUGCCAUCACAAAUCAACAGGAGGAAGAUGAUAGUGCCAGACAUUUUUAUCAAGAUCUAGGAGAGCGAAUUCAGAACACCUUUACGACAGUGGAGACGCCAGAGUUGAUGCAGAAGAUUGGGAGUGCAUUCAAGACGCCGAGAUGGAUGCAAGACGAUGAAUCAGGCCCGUCAGCACUUUCCAAAUGGUUUGGGGGACGGCCAGAAGGCGGCAGACUGAGAUUGUAACAUAAUUGACUUGAAAAUUUGUUGUAUUAGCGGGAGUUUGGAAAGUGCUCUCAGGACGAGUCAAAUAGAGAUACAAAUUGUACAAUACAAUAGAGCGCCCAGCAUGCUCGCUUGAACGCAGCAGAUUUCACAAAACCUCG